CUAUGUCCGUACUUAGAUUUCGACGGCAAAGACUCUAGUUUUCGUUGCCGGUUUGAGGAAGUUUCUUUCAUUCUCGCGCUCUUUGUCUCUCACCGGUGUCGCCGGCCAUCUUCUACUUCUCCGGUCUCUUCUCCCGCGACUUUUUUUCAAGAUAACCUGGAAAACUUGCAUUUGCAAGAGCACGAAAAGCCGUUACCAGCUGAAAAAGUGAAAGCUUUCCCCUUUGAUUUUCAGAGCAGCAAUUCACCGGAAUUUCCCCCAACUCCGAAGCUAGGGAUGACCGGUGCUCUGUUGUGCGAUCGGAGAGGGUUUCUUCUUUUAGAUCUUGUGAGCUACGGUAAUGUCGACCGAGACAUCGAACAGGCUGUUUUCCAACGUUACCUUCGCCCUGAAAAGGAUUACUUAUCUUUCUCUCUCGUAUACUCCAACAGGAAGCGGACUCUUGACGUGAUUUGCAAGGACAAAGUUGAGGCAGAGGUGUGGAUAGCAGGACUUAAAGCUUUGAUAUCUGGUCAAGGCGGCCGCUCUAAAAUCGACGGCUGGAGUGACGGUGGCCUCUCUAUUGCUGACAGUAGAGACUUGACAUUAGGCAGUCCUACAAACAGCUCGGUUUGUGCUUCUCGAGACUUCAACACUGUUGAGAAUCCUUACAGUUCGAGGACUUCAAGAACUGAGAAUUCUGUAAGCUCUGAAAGGUCACAUGUGGCAUCAGGCAGCCCAAAUAUGUUAGUACGAGGAUCCGGAUCAGACGUGUUCCGGGUUAGUGUCUCCAGUGCUCAGAGCAACUCAAGCCAUGGUUCUGCUCCAGGUGAUUGUGAUGCUCUAGGUGAUGUUUAUAUAUGGGGUGAAGUGUUAUGUGAUAACGUUGUCAAACUCGGACCUGAUAAGAACGCUAGUUGUCUUGCUUCAAAGUCUGAUGUUCUGGUUCCAAAGCCAUUGGAAUCAAAUGUGGUUUUAGAUGUCCACCAAAUAGCUUGUGGUGUUAAGCACGCUGCUCUGGUGUCUAGGCAAGGUGAGGUGUUUACAUGGGGCGAAGAAUCUGGAGGACGUCUUGGCCAUGGAAUGGGGAAAGAUGUUACUGAGCCACAGCUUGUUGAGUCUCUAGCUGUUUCUAGUGUUGAUUUUGUCGCCUGUGGUGAGUUCCAUACAUGCGCGGUGACAAUGACCGGAGAGAUUUACACAUGGGGUGAUGGGAAACACAACGCAGGACUUCUCGGACAUGGUACCGAUGUGAGUCACUGGAUACCUAAGAGGAUAUCAGGUCCUCUUGAAGGUCUUCGGGUUGCUUCCGUGUCCUGUGGACCGUGGCACACCGCUUUGAUAACAUCGACUGGACAGCUUUUCACUUUUGGAGACGGGACGUUUGGUGUUUUAGGACAUGGUGACAAGGAAACCGUGUUUUACCCGAGAGAAGUCGAGUCUUUAUCUGGUCUGAAGACUAUUGCCGUCGCGUGUGGUGUGUGGCAUGCUGCUGCAGUAGUGGAAGUCAUUGUGACUCAUUCAAGUUCAAGUGUACCUUCAGGGAAGCUGUUCACGUGGGGUGAUGGUGACAAGAACCGUCUUGGUCAUGGAGACAAAGAGCCUCGGCUUAAACCCACAUGUGUAUCAGCUCUUAUUGACCAUACUUUUCACAGAGUUGCUUGUGGACAUAGUUUAACAGUUGGUUUGACCACUUCAGGAAAAGUUUUCACUAUGGGAAGUACAGUCUAUGGUCAGCUAGGGAACCCCAUCGCUGAUGGGAAGCUUCCUUGCUUAGUAGAGCAUAAACUAACUAACGAUUGUGUUGAAGAAGUAGCAUGCGGAGCUUAUCAUGUAGCGGCUUUAACAUCUCGAAACGAAGUGUUUACAUGGGGGAAAGGCGCCAAUGGGAGAUUAGGACAUGGAGAUGUUGAGGACCGUAACGCACCAACUCUCGUUGUUGCUUUGAAAGAGAGACAUGUGAAAUAUGUUGCAUGUGGUUCAAACUUUACAGCAGCGAUAUGUCUUCAUAAAUGGGUUUCCAACACCGAACAAUCUCAAUGCUCGGCUUGUAGGCAAGCCUUCGGAUUCACAAGGAAAAGCCACAACUGUUACAACUGUGGGCUUGUUCAUUGCCAUUCAUGCAGUUCCAAGAAAUCACUGAAAGCUGCUUUAGCUCCUAAUCCUGGAAAGCCUUAUCGCGUCUGCGAUUCAUGUUAUUCGAAACUGAGCAAAGUCUCAGAAGCUGGUAUCGAUAGCAGGAAGAAUGCUAUGCCACGGCUUUCUGGUGAGAACAAGGACAGGUUGGAUAAAGCUGAGCUAAGACUGGCGAAAUCAGGGAUACCGUCGAAGAUAGAUUUGAUCAAGCAGCUAGACAACAGGGCGGCUAGACAAGGGAAGAAAGGGGACACGUUCUCUCUUAAGGAUGCUUUGAGUAAUGUGGCUGAGUUACGGCGUGGGCCACCGAAACCAGCCGUAACUCCAUCUGGAGCAAACUCAAGAUCUGUGUCACCUUUCUCAAGAAGGUCUAGUCCUCCUCGUUCAGUCACUCCCAUCCCUUCGACGACUGGUCUUGGUGUUGGUCUUGGUUUCUCAACAAGUAUAACUGAGAGUUUGAAGAAGACAAAUGAGCUUCUGAAUCAGGAAGUGGUCAGAUUACGUGCUCAGGCUGAGAGCAUGAGGCAAAGAUGUGAAGUCCAAGAAUUCGAAGUCCAGAGAUCUGUGAAGAAAGUACAAGAAGCAAUGAAACUGGCAACAGAGGAAUCCACCAAGUCAGAAGUUGCAAAAGAAGUUAUAAAAUCUCUUACAUCACAGCUGAAGGAUGUGGUUAAGCUGCUACCACCAGGUGCGUACGAAGCUGAGACCACACGUACGGCUAAUUUGCUGAACGGGUUUGAGCAAAACGGGUUUCACUUUGGACAACGUCAAUCACGAUCUGACUCAAUAAUGAGCGAAACCUCUCUUGCAUCGCCUUUGGCUCUGCCCUCACGACUCUGGCGAAACUCACAGUCGCCAAGAAACACAGACGCAAGCAUGGGAAGAGACGAGCUUAGAAGCGACGGUGUUCGAAUCAGUAAUGGUUACUCAGAAGAUGGUGACAGCCGCAGAAACUCAAGAAGCUCAGCAGCAACAUCGAAUGCUUCUCAGGUGGAAGCAGAGUGGAUCGAACAAUAUGAGCCUGGUGUUUAUAUAACACUACUGGCACUAGGCGAUGGAACAAGAGAUCUCAAACGUGUUCGCUUUAGCCGGAGAAGAUUCAGGGAGCAACAAGCAGAGGCAUGGUGGUCUGAGAAUCGAGAAAGAGUAUACGAGAAGUACAACAUUCGCGGUACGGAUAGAUCAAGUCUUUCUGUUUACCACUACACUCUGCUCCAUUUCAUUUUCUCGAGUAUCAUCAUCGUCGUCUCCUUCUUCGCCUCCUUCAGCUUCCCCAAAUCAGCCAUGGAAGCGAGAAUCUCCGAAACUCUUGGCCUCCCGUCUCCGAAUCUUAAUCAAUGCCUUCUUCCUAACGAUUUUAAUUCCCUCUUAACUCAUUUCUCAAAUCUCACCUCCUCCGUGCAAAUCCCCACCGUCAGAAACCCUGAAGCCAAAACCAAACUCUCUCGAAAAUCACCGAAAUUCUCAGAAUCAUCCACCGGAAGAUCCGUUUUGCUCAACGCGCCGUUUGCAUCUGCGUCGGUCUCCGAUUCCAGACCGGAAUUCCUCAAAUGGAUCAAACCGGCAUCACGAAGCAGUCCGAAAAUUCAGACACUUACGAAGCAUCUCUCCGUCUUCGAACGAGCACUAAUCGGAGCAGGAGCGGGAGGAAUCGCCGGCGCGUUCACAUACGUCUGUCUUCUCCCAUUAGACACAAUCAAAACCAAGCUUCAGACGAAAGGCGCGUCUCAGCUGUACAGCAGCAGCUUCGAUGCUAUAGUGAAGACUUUUCAGUCCAAAGGGAUUCUAGGCUUCUACAGCGGCGUCUCCGCCGUGAUCGUCGGCUCUACGUUCUCCUCCGCCGUCUACUUCGGCACCUGCGAGUUCGGUAAGUCCCUCCUCUCCAAAUCCAUGGGGUUCCCUCCGGUUCUCAUCCCGCCGACAGCUGGCGCCAUGGGAAACAUAAUCUCAUCUGCGAUAAUGGUACCGAAAGAGCUCAUCACACAGAGGAUGCAAGCUGGAGCUAGCGGGAGAUCUUACCAAGUCGAUGCAGUGAAUAAGCUCGGUGCUGCUGUGUACACCGGUGUGACCGGGACGGUGAGGCAGAUCCUUAAAGAGGAAGGCUGGGUCGGUUUUACACGAGGGAUGGGGCCUCGUGUUGUUCAUAGCGCUUGUUUCUCGGCGAUUGGGUAUUUUGCGUUUGAGACCGCGAGGCUAACAAUCUUGAAUGAAUAUUUGAAGAGGAAAGAAGAUUCUGAAGCUACCGUUGAUUCUGCUUCU